CAGCAAGGCCGUCAUCGGCAGCUAUACUUGUACGUAGUAAACGUAAACACUUGUCUAUACUUGUACAUGCUUGUUCAGCCUGCGUUUGCAAACCAUCGUCUCUGAACAAACACAAGCCUACCGGAGUGACAACCAUUUCCCUUAACGGAAGCAUUUCAGUCUAGCUCGGUCCAGAAGCACCUCCAUCAUGCCCUCGAGCAACAUCGCGGCCAAGGCGUCGCCGCUGCCUCCUGGCGUCUACACCCCCGUGGUCACCAUCUACGACCCCUCGAGCCCCUCGCAGCCGGUGGACCACGAUGCCAUGUACAAACAGUGCCAGCACCUCGUCAAGGCCGGCAUGCACGGUCUCGUCUAUCUCGGCACCAACGGCGAGCUCGCCCUGCUCACGACGACCGAGCGCAAGGCCAUCCUCAAGACCGCCGCGCGGGCCGUGGCCGACCUCCAGCUGCCGUCGCCCUACCCCCUCGUGGCGGGCAUCUCCGCGCAGAGCACCGUCGAGACCAUUGAGAACGCGCGAGACGCAGCCGAGGCGGGCGCCAACUUUGCCCUCCUCCUCCCGCCAAGCUACUGGCCCAAGGCGCUCAGCUCAGACGCGACGUUGGGCUACUUCCGGGACGUGGCGGACGCCUCGCCCCUCCCGAUUGUCGUCUACAACUUCCCGGCCGUCACGUCAGGCGUGGAUCUCGACUCGGACCUGCUCGCCGCGCUCGCGGAGCACCCCAACAUUGUCGCCGUCAAGCUGACCUGCGGCAACGUGGGCAAGGUGACGCGCCUGGCGAGCAAGUUCCGCCACGAGCAGUUUGGGGUGUUCGGCGGCAGCAGCGACUACCUCGUGCCGACCCUGUGCGGUGGUGGCAGCGGCUGUGUGACGGGACUGGGCAACGUGUUCCCCAGCAGCACGGCAGGCGUGUACGACCUGUGGACGAGCGGGCGGACGGAGGAGGCGCAGAAGCUGCAGGCGGACGUGGCGAAUGCCGAGUGGGCGUGCAAGAAGGGCAUUGCGCUGACCAAGUAUGGUGCCUGGUAUCAUGUUGGGCGCGCGAUCGGCGUGGACAAUGAGAGGGCGUGGGAUAUGAGGAAGCCGUAUCUGCCGCUGGGCGAGGCGAUGAAGAAGUGGGCGCUGGAGACGAUGGAUGUGCUGGUGGCGGCUGAGCAGGCCAAGCCGUGGAAGAAAUAGAUUGCAAUGGCUUCUGCAGCAGGUAGAGAAGGAAAAAUAGAACUUGACAUGAC